UUCAAAUGAUUUACUGUAUCUGGUGUUUCAGUUUAGUUGUUCACUGUGCGAUUAUUGAGUUCUCCUUUGGACGACUUUGAACUUAAAGUGCUGCUCGAAGUAUUGGAAACUUUCACAACGUUGUAAGAUGCGAAAAAUCGCUAUUUUGUUUUUAGUUGCCAUCAUCUUGGCAACGGCAUUGGGUGGUGCAAAGAAAAAGGCAAAGAAAGAACAUGAGAAAUAUAUAAAAUAUUUAAAAAAAACUGGACAAUAUGGACAAAUUCCACCCCCAUACAGUCCGAAAUAUGGACAAGGCCCACCUAAUGUGGGAUAUCAGUAUGGUCCACAAGCUCAGCCAUAUGGCCAUGGUUAUAAUGCUCAUAAUCAAUAUCAAGGUAAUGGUACUGGUCUCGUAAGAAAGGUGAAAAAUGCUCUUCAUAACGCCAUAAAGUAACCAUAUGGUAGUUACUACCAUAAUAGUUGCCAUCAUCAUUCAUAAUGAGAAACGGUCCAAAGGUGUGGUAAUCACUUCCAGUUUCUUUUUAAUACAAUAAAAUUUCAUUAAAAUGUUUAAAAAUAUAUAUAUAUAUAUACACAUUAAAAUACCAUAUUAAACUUUUACUA